AGAAGGGGCCACUAAGGCCACAGCCUGUACCAUGGAGAAGUUCUUGUAACCUUGGAGCACUUUAAACCUAGACAAGCCUUGUUACCUGCCAGGGAACAAGCCUGUUGAAAACUUCCACAAAGCAGCAAGCCAGGGGGACUUAGACCAGGUACAUAGUUUGCUCACAAUGAAGAACAAACUAAUUAGCCAAUCGGACAAGAACAAGAGGCCUCACAGCACCAGCAUGAAGCCUGUGUGAAGAUCCUACUGCAGUGUGGUGCUGAUCCCAAUGCCGGCGAUGCCAAGAAGAACACGUCCCUUCACUGUGCCAUCUACAAUGAUGACCUGCAAUGGUGUCCACUUUGCUGGAAUACCAUGCAGACCCUGAAGUCAAAGUGAAGGACAGCUUCACGCCAAUCAUAGCUGCUGUGGUGAAGGACAAUGUGCAGGUAGCUGCGAUCCUGCUCACGAAGGCGAACGUGAAUGCCAGCGACAAGUGGAAGAGAACUGUUCUCUUCCAUGCUAUAAUACAUCAAUCAAAAAAUAUGAGCUUUUCUUGAGCAUGGUGGUGAUGAUGGUUUGAUAGAUGCUUCUGAACAUACUCUGCAUUACUACAUUUUAAUGGACAGCCUUGAGAAGUAUGUAGAAAUGCAUCAUGAAUAUAUUGAAAAAAAUGCAUUGCAAUUCCCCCCAAAGCAACAAAGAAGAAGGCAACAAUGCGGAGAAGUCUUCACUGAGGCUGGGCGCCUCCACCAUGAUGCGCAAGGUGAUGCCCAGCAUCAGCGAAGAAAUCCAGUGUGGCUCGCCCCUGUGCCCAGACGAGGCAGGCGGGGAGCAGGAGCUCCUCAAGGCGAUGAUGUUCGCGGAAAUGAGGAGCAUGCUGGACACACUGCACGAGACCCGGGAUGAUCUGGCCACUGCGCAACUGCAGCUGUGCAAGCUGGGCCAGGAGAAGGUCUUCCUGCAGCAGCAGCUCAGCCUGGCGCUGCCCCAGGAGUUUGAGCCCCUGACCAAGGAGUUGAUACUGUGUCGGCAGCAUUUGCUGGAGAGGGAGGAAGAGAUUGCAGAGCUGAAAGCUGAGAGGAACAAUAUGAGGUUGCUUGUGGAACACCUGGAGUACAUGGUGUCCCGGAAUGUGCGAUCUCUACGCAGGACUGUGGUCAAACGCCAGGCCCAGUUCUCUGCCAGUGUCCCGUCUGAGAUGGAGGUGAUUCAGGCUCUAAAAUCACUCUUCCAUCAUCACAAAGUCCUAGAAGAGAAGACCCUUGCCAAACACCUGGCUCCUGUGGAGGACACCACUGGGCGCAUAGCAGAGCUGCAGGAGGCCCUGGAGGGACAGCGAGCAGAAGUGUGUGAGCUGCGGGAGCGCCAGGCAUGCCUGCUCGGGCAGAUGGGCCAGCUGGAGCAGGAGCUGGCCACUGCUCACCACCAGCUGAAUGUGAACAAUGAAGCCAACUGCAAGCUGCAGGAAGAGCUCAAGCAGAGUGAAGAGAAGAGGCGUGAGCUGGUGGAAUUGAUGGAUGAUUCUAAGGUGAAACUGCAGCUGAUGUUGCAGAAGGCAGAGCCCUUGCCUGAGGUUGAGGCUCAGCUGGCACAGGGAGCAGAGGCUCUGCACAAGACAUUUGCCAAAGUCCUGGGUCUUGUCGAGAACAACAUUGGGCACAUGGCACAGCUGCAGGAGGCCCUGGAGUUGCAGGGAGUGGAAAUGCGCCAGCUGCGGGAGCACCAGGCAUCCCUGCUCGGGCAGAUGAACCAGCUGGAGCAGGAUCUGGCCACUGCUCAGCACCAGCUGAAUGAGACCAACGAAGCCAACUGGAAGCUGCAGCAAGAGCUUAAGAAGAGUGAAGAGAAGAGGCAUGAGUUGGUGGAAUUGCUGGAAGAGUCUAACGUGAAACUGCAAGUGAUGCUGCAGAAGUCAGAGCCCGUGCCUGAAGUUGAGGCUCAGCUGGCACAGGCAGCAGAGGCUCUGCACAAGACCCUUGACAAAGUCCUGGGAAUUGUCGAGGACACCAAUGCGCGUAUGGCACAGCGGCAGGAGGACCUGGAAUGGCAGCCAGUAGCAAUGAGCCAGCUGUGGGAGCACCAGGCAUUCCUGUUCAGGCACAUGGAUCAGCUAGAGAAGGAUCGGGCCACUGCUCACCACCAGCUGCAUGAGACUAACAAAGCCAACUGGAAGCUGCAGCAAGACCUCAAGGAGAGUGAAGAGAAGAGGCAUGUGUUGGUGGAAUUGCUGGAAGAGUCUAACAUGAAACUGCAGGUGAUGCUGCAGAAGGCAGAGCCCUUUCCUGAAGAUGAGGCUCAGCUGGCACAGGGAGCAGAGCCUCUGCACAAGAAUCCUGUCCCCAAGGAGGAAGCUGGGGAUCCACCACCCUUAACAGUAGACACCCCAGCAACCACUCUCUGCUGUGCUCAUCAUGAUGGAAAGACCCAGGCCUUGGCAUGGGUGGAAGAGACCCUGGAAGAUGCGGGACCCUCCCAUGAAAGGAAGGGAACCCCAGAUGCCCUCCACAAGGAUGGUAAGAAGAAGGGCAUGAAAACUUACCUAAGGAAACUCUUUGGAAAGAAAAAGAAAGGCAAGAUGGGACCUCCAGGGCAGGACAGCUCUUCUUUGGGGCAAAUUUCAGGCCUAUCCCAGGCUGAUGAAGAGUCAGGACGGACCUGUGAAUUUUAUAUUGCCUAUCCAGGUGAGGAUUGUGCCCGGAGACCCAGGGGACGUGGGGUGUCACGCUGGAUAGUCCCCUUCCAUAAACUGCUGGGCCUGGGUGCAGGUGACCUCAGGGGACUGAAGACCUUCCCGAGCUGGGCCGACUCUCUAUCCUGCGCAGCACCAACUGCGGGGAACAGAGCCCAGGGCUCUCCUGAGGAUUGAACCACCUGCCCACUGGCGGAGGGCGUGUCCCCGCCUCCCUGGAGGACUGUCCUGGACCUGCCACCAGAGGUGGACUCCUGGGAACUGGGCAGAAGAAGAGACGAAGAAAUCCCUCCCCAAACUUCUACCUCCCUUUUCUCUAUUGUAAUUUAUUGAUCACUUUUAGGAAGGAGGCGCUGGGAGCCCAGGUGGACUCCAGGCAGCCAGCCUUCUCCUUGUGCCUCUCAGCCCCACCCCGCCCCAUCCCCAGGCCUGUCCCUGGGGUUAUUGUCACUUGGGUCCCCUGUCCCUCUCCGUGUGACCGGGUCUCCAACCACGGUGACCCUGUCUGUGCCCAGCACUGACCUCCUGGUCCAACCUUGGAUCAGGGGUUUGGGUGGAAAAAAAAAAACCCUCUUUCCACUCUACAGCGGAACAACGUGACGUGGGGGAGGGUGGUCGGCAGGGAUCCUGCGUACCCCGACUCUCUGUUGGCUUUGACAUUACUACUACAGCUACCACUGAUAAAGAACUUUUUCAAAAAGCUGCGUUGACUGGCUUUCGUGGUCAAGACCAAAACUCUCCUCCCCACUCGUGCCUCAGGGCCACCAGCUAAGUCCAGUGGCCACCCCCUUCCUCCAUCCCGUGAAGAUGGACGCCUGGCCUG